GUCAUUGACAAUUUGUCUCAUUUUUCAAAUGAUUAAACAUUCAUGCAGAUAUAUCAGAUGAAUUUACUGUGUUGCCAAAAAAUACAGCAUUGAAGCAGGUACAGUAUAUUGUUAUGAAAUGCACAUUAGCACAAUCAUACAUCACAGUAUAUAUUUAGAUAAAGAUGUCAGGAAUAAUAUCACGAGAGAAUUUGUUGCAACACCUGGCUCAGCUACAUGAGUGCACACUCCACUCUAGAAUGGGAGAAAAAAAACAUUUACAAUAAUAAUGUUACGUUAUUCAUGUUAUUUUAUUGCAAAUCCGUCACAUCUACCUGAUGUUUACUGUGUGUUGUAGCUGAGGGGUUUCCAGGCAAAUUUUUGACAGUAGAACAGAGUCUGCAUGGAGGAGAAAUAAAAGAUCAGAAUUUAUUUAUAUUUGAAAAUAAAAUCUAAAAUAAAAAGUUAACUCACUCCGCAUUUGAGAGAGGUUUGCAGGUCUCUGCACCUGUAUGUUGUCAGGGUGCAGGGGUCUUGAAGUGGGGGGGGAGGGCACAUUCGGAUUUGUUAGCAUAGCAAUUGGUGCAUUUGAUUCAAAACAUGUCAGUCACGUGGUUAUUUGUUUUGUAACAAAAACGUUGGACUGUUCUGCUUUUUAAUAAGGCGGAUGAGGGAGCAGAUGGCCUGAGGGGUCGCGUAACUCAGGAUGGCGUCCAUCACCGUCUUGCUGAACCUGCCGAUCAACACCUCACACUGACUGCGGUAGGAGGUGGGGACAAUGUGACAAAUGUCCUCCAUCAGCUCCACCACAGCCUCCUGCAACAACAGUAAACAAGACAUUCUGAAAGCGGGUGUGCAAAUGAAGAUAAAAGGUGCACAUGGUCAGCGGCACCCUGGAGCCCCACAGGGGAAUAAGCAAAAAGCCGCUCUCCGGCAGACUCUGCAGUGGUCCCACAACGGAAACGUUUUCAGCAUCUUAACCCAGGGCGCCGAGUACCAGCCGCCCAGACGCCGCGGUGCACCCCAGGAGCAAGUGCAGCCGCGACCGAUUACCAUCAUCCACGACAACACCCGCCAACAGGAGCCGUCCAGUCCGCAGCAGCCACCUGCUUCUCGGUCGGAUUCCGAACAUCUUCCCGCGGCGCUGCAGCGCCUGGUGCGAGGGCGAGAGCACCGCAGACUCCACGACGACCUGCACCGGGCCGAGCGGAAAAAUGACACCCAGGAGAAGGUUACUGUUAGCCCGCCACUGCCCAGGAGGGAGGACAUGAUGAUGGGCGAUGACCCCUACGACCCGUCCAAAUCCUUUGAUAGCGACAAUCCUUAUUACAACUACUAUGACGUGUACGAGACGCCCAGGGCCAGAUCGAGACCCGGAUAUGGCACAAGGUACCAUCAGUACGGUCUUCCUGACCUGGUACUUGACCCAUACUACAUUCAAACGGCCGCUUACGUCCAGAGCAUGGCCAUGUACAACCUGAGAUGUGCAGCGGAGGAGAACUGUUUGUCGAGCUCAUCCUACUCGGCCCGGGACUACGACACCCGCAUGCUGCUGCGAUUCCCCCAGAGAGUCAAGAACCAGGGGACGGCUGACUUCCGUCCCAGCAGGCCUCGAUACGCCUGGGAGUGGCACAGCUGUCACCAGCACUAUCACAGCAUGGAUGAGUUUAGUCGUUACGAGCUGCUGGACUCAAGCACGCAUCGUGCGGUCGCCGAGGGACAUAAGGUCAGCUUCUGCCUGGAGGACACGUCCUGCGACUACGGCUACUACAGACGCUACGCUUGUACCUCACACACACAGGGUCUGAGUCCAGGAUGUUAUGACACCUACAAUGCAGACAUCGACUGCCAGUGGAUCGACAUCACAGACGUGAAACCAGGGAAUUACAUUCUCAAGGUCAGCGUGAAUCCUUUCUACCAGGUGGCAGAGGAGGACUACAGCAACAACAUUGUGCGAUGUGAUGUUCGUUACACUGGCAACUACGCCUACUUGUCUGGUUGUCACGUGUCAACGUAUUAAUGGAGGAGAAUUAUCCACAACGGUGUGACUGACACUGAGGAGGACUGCAUAAAAUAUUUACAGUAGGCGGGAGUCAUAAAGUAGAAUAGUUUGUUUAGUUUAGAUAGAAAUUGACUGUUGUCAUUGCAUGCUAUGUGUGUUUUUUUUUUUUGUGUGUGAGAGUGAUUUAUUUUCCUUCCUCCAGUCUGACAGUGUCUAUAUUUUAUUAUUUUUUAUUAAUGUUUCAUGUUUUUCUUAACUUUCAAGCAUUCUAAAGCAUAAAAACAAUUAAAAUUGUUUUGAAAAAUCAACAUAGCCUUAUUUUGAAAUCACUGUCAACCGUGACAGUUUACCUUUAUAGUGUCACUUUUGUAGUGU